CUGCUGCAUUUCGUCUGCGAUGCGAUAAGUUUUUUAACCUAAGUAAUCAUCAAAUUUGACGAUAUUUUGUUUCGCGAGACGAAGCGGAUUAUUUUCUCUGUCAGAUUUUUUUCAUUUUGUGUAAAAACGCAUCGAAUAAGUAUAGUUUUAUCGACAUUGGACGCGAGAGCUUCGUCUUUCAAUUAAUUCAAAAGAUUGAAUUAUACAAGAUAUCUUUCGAAAUACUUCGCAUUUCGUAUAGUGUUAUCAUAUAUUUGUUAAUAUCGCUGGCAAGAAAUACUUUUACAGAUACAGAGCUACAGGUGUUGACCGUGAUGUAUUCCGCGAGAAUCGCGCAGAGUUAAUUUUAUACUCGAACUCUGUGAUCUGAAGAAAUAUGAGAAUUUACCGCUAAAUUAUGAUGGAUUACUUGAAACAACCAGCUUUUGUGGUAGAAGAUAUCGACGAAGAUAUCAAUCUAUCAUUGCCACCUUCUUCGGGACAGGAGUAUAUCAAACGAGUGGUAAUAGAAGCUAGACAAUGCGCAGAUGUAGUGGUAGCUGAUUUAGAUCUGUCGUGCAUAAAAAAACCUACAAAAGCCAUUGAAACUUUAGCAGGAUGUGUCCAAGCACCAGCGAGCCUUAAGCCAACUAUUGAAUGGCAGCAAUAUCAAAGUUCAGACUUUUCCAAGCUAAGGCUAUACGUGAGCCAGCUAAAGAAUGAAAUAGUAACAGGCAAGCGCAAGUGGAGACCACCUGAUAUUAAUUUGCCAGACAUAGAUGAUCAAAACGCUUGGAUCAGCUUCUGUUUAGGUGGUGAAAAAAAACUCGAGCCAACACUGAAUACUCUGUUUUGUUUCAAUCAGUCCAGCAUAGAGCAAGUACUCGAGUAUCUUGUGCAAUUCGUAGAGACUGAAAGGAAAAUUCAAUAUAAGAUAGGCCAGUGGAUCUAUACGUUACUCGUGCUCUUGGAGCAACCAUUGCAGCCUGACACUUGUUCCUGCCUGCGUUCAUUGGCUCGAGCAUGUUCUGUCAUUCGCGCAGAUUCUAGAGAAUUGGACGCGCAGGAACUGGGGGCGCUGAAUUUAUUCAUCUGUCUGGUAGCAAGAUACUUCCGUCAAUUGGACUUGGCAGAUCCUUGACAAAUUUUCAUAAUCUAUGGAUAUAAUUAUUUAUGAUGCGACAUGACACAUAUGUAAAUUACAUAGCGAUCUUUUUAAUAAAUUCCACACAAGAUUCCAAACGUAGA